UUUUGCUGUUCUUGUCCUGCUUCACAGUUGAUUUCAGGACAGAAGAAACUAUGUCGGCCUGUUUCAGAAAUAACCAACUAGUUUGGCCCUUUGCUUCAUAGAGUAGAGGCUCUUUUUGAACUCGGUAGGCCCUGACUUGUUCAAGCUUGCACUGUCAAAGAAUUUUUAUACGACACAGAGGCCGGCUAAGAAAGAUGAGCUAUGUAAAAGAAACAAUUUAUUUUUGUUCCUGACCUGAAUAACAAAACAGAGAUGAUCUAGCAACAGCAUUGAGCUAUCUUCCCUUCUUUCGCUCCUCUUUCUGUUCAUGCAACUUCCCUGUAAAAUUUGCGCAUGAUUCGGCGAAUCAGAAGAGAAGUUUCCAUGUCUGUGCAGGUUUCUUGAAGCUUGGAGCUGCUGUCUUGGAAUCUGAACAUUGUUAGUUGGUUUCAGGUGUGCCAUUGUUGCAGUGCUUUUUUGCAUGCUAGGGGCGACCGACGACGGUACUCUGAAGAUCUUGGCUAAAUUUGAAAUAAUAAUGCAGUCCUAGUGCCUGUGAUGCUUGUCUCUCUUUCUUGUUGCAAAAUAUUCUGAAACCACCGAGCUGAUUUCGCAUGUAGGGGGGCACCAGCACCAUCAGAUUCGAAAUGGAUGGACUCCAUUUGAUCAACGCAUUGUAAUCCGGACCCCCAAAACAAAAAAAGGAUGGUGACACAAGGCCUGAAAGCGGCGCUUAUUUCUUCAGGGCGCUGUUCACUUUGGGGCCUCGCCUCACUCACUUUUACCAUGCCCCCGCCCUCUCCCCUAGAGUUACCCCAAAGAUGAAAUUCUUUCCCGUCUCUUUCGCCACCCACACGACAAGAGGCCGGAAAUUUUUACCCCUCGAGAGAGAGGGAAUCUACGUCUACGUAGCUCCAGUUCAAAAAAAGGAAAAGAGGAGAAAAUAAAGACGGAGCGCAAGUACAGCCUUAGGGAUCAGGAUCCAGAGUUUCGGACAGCAAUGGCUCAUGCAACUUUACUUUCUUCCUCCUUACUCACUCUCACUCUCUCACUCAAUGUCUUUUUUACUCACGAGAAGAAACAAGAGAUUGUUGGAAAGAAAAAGGAAACAGCACCAACUCAGAGAAGGGGGGAAAAGCAGGGGCGCCAUGGCGAUGGCAAAAGAAAAGCGGGCAUGGCUGGCUGGCGGGCAUGGCAAUGGGCCGCUUGCUUUGGUGCUCCUCGCCACCAUGGCUCGGGUCCUUGAAAAGCACGGCAGAAUCAGGCUAAAGCAAAAGAAGCCCAGAAGAAAACAAGAAGCCGGAAUACUACCGCUCGCAACAGCGACUGACACAAGCCCCUGCUGCUUCUACUUCCCCCUCCCCCUCCCCGUCCCCCCGCAUUAUAAUAUGCAGCCACGCCGCAGCAGCCGCAGCAGCCAGCCAGCGUCGUCGCAGCCGCACCGCCACCCCCACCCACGCCCACCGGAAAAGGAAGAAGAAACAGAGGAGAGGGAGGAGGAGGCGAGCGGCGGCGGGGAGCGCGUGCCUGGUUGGUGGUGCUAUGAGAGGGCCGGCCGCGUCCGGGGGGCGGGCAUCGGCGGCGGCGCCGGCCGUCUUGUUCGGAGUUCUUGUUUUGGUGUCGUUGGUGGUCGUGGUGGCCGAGAGGCCGUCCGCGCCGGCGAUCGGAGGGCGGAGGAUGCUGCUGGCGGGCGACGGAGGAGAGGCCAGGAGGACUCUGGAGGAUUUCAGGGCCGACGAUCCUUUCCAGGACAGCGCGAGGAGGGUGCCCAAUGGCCCUGAUCCUAUCCACAACAGGGGUGCCGGCAAGUCCGGAAGAUCGCCGGGGCGAGAGUAGGGGCGCAGCGCGCACCCAUGGCGUGGAAGCUUCCGACGGUUAUGGUGGGGCAGGAAGAUGGUGCAUUGCAUUGCAUCUCCUGAACAAGGGACAACAAACAAGAGCUACUACAAUAUAUUAUGGUGGGUCUGGAUGGAUGUUGUGGUGUAACUAGGGAGGGGGAGGUGGCCUGGACUUGGGACUAUCUUGUUCUAAGCACUGCUAUUUAAGAAGGUUUUAAGCAUAAAAACUUUAGCUUUUUUGCGAAAACAGAGGCUGUGUUCUACUGGUGGUGUGGGGGGUUCAGUUUUGUAAAGUGACCAAGCUUCCCUCUCAAGCACCAAAGAUUCUUGGCAAUGGGGGCAAGAGCUCCUUUCCCUUUUUUUUUGCAGGAGUGACUUUAGUCAUGUUAGUACUCCUACUACUAUUAGCACAUUGUUUGGUUUU